AUGCAAGGUCUAAUCCCCCUCCGUCCACUUCUCCGCGCCCCGACAUCAUCCCUCUCGACACGCAACUUCAGCUCUACCCGCGCCAAUUCCCUCGCACGCAUUAGCAUUGUCGGUAACCUCGGAAACCCGCCAGAAAUUCGUGCCACCUCAUCCGGUCGUGAGCUCGUGAACUAUUCGGUAGCAACCAGCUACGGACCCAAGGAAGAUCGCCAGACGAGCUGGUGGCGCAUCACAAGCUUCGUGCCUGAGGGUGCCAGCAGAGAUCACUUACUAGGCCUGCCAAAAGGCACCCUCAUGUACGUAGAAGGAGAUGCAAGUAUGCGCUCCUAUGAGGACGCGGAUGGAAAGAAAAAUUCCGCUCUCGGUAUCACCCAACGGUACUACGAAGUCCUUAGGCGCGGAAACAGUGAAAGCAGCGAGUAA